UCUUGGUACCCGAUACAAUUGUGUCACUGGUGAAACCUUGCACAGGAUGACGCGGUCUGGAUGUGUGAAUUACAAGGGAAUUCCUGUCUUCUGACUUGAUUUGAACCGAGCACCUUUUGCAGCUUACAAAUAUUGUUUUCCCCCCUUUUAUCGUUUCAUUUUCGCUCGGAUUGGGCCCAGUCAGUAUAAGGAUGGCAAGAGUCUAAUCUUGGAGCAUAAAAAUUUGGACAGAGCCACUUUUUUAAAAAAGUGUCGAGUAGCAUAUGACUCUGAGGGAAGGUGGUAAAAACGAGAUUUUGCUGCAAUGACUGAGGUGGAACCUGUGCUGGACUUUGCUACGUCAGGACGGACAGGCCGAAGAAAUGCUUUGCCUGACAUCCUAGGCUCACCUGCUGGAGUCAGUCCAUCGGAACUUCCCAUGAAAUUGGCAGAGCUAUCUAUUAAUGCAGGAGGAGGAGGAGAAGGAAGUCAGACACCAUCAACAGAGGUGCCACCUGAAUCGACAGAAACUCCAGAGCUAAAAGAUGCAUCAUAACGUGUUGAGGAAAGACAUUUAUAAUACAGACUGUGUCAGUAAAGCUUUAAAUCAAAUGACCUGAAAGUCAUCGGGGUUCCUUGAUUCUGUCACGUUCACCUCAGUCUGCAAGGUCAAAACAGAAGAAAAGGUGUGGAGAAAAUUUACUGAACAAGAUAAGAUAAAUCGCCAUCGUGACUUGGAAAAGAAGUCCGGAAAACUUUAAUAUCAAAUUCGGAAGAUAAUCUCCCAAAUUUAACAUUUAAUGAACUAUCACGUGGAUUGAAUCCCAGUGGUGAUAGAAAUGACUGUUUUACAGUUAAUUGCUAGCAAUCCCUCACUGUGACUGCUGAUGUAAACCAUUAUAGUCUAUCAAUGCAGUGAAGAUACAUAGCAGAAAUAUUGAUUAUUUGUAUAGGAAUCUGUUUUAGAAUCACCAAAUCCCAAUUUAUGGACUUUUCUAGCUUCAGUCACUAAACACAUUUUAAAAGUCUGCAUCUUACUUGAUAAACAUUUUGUCUUUAUUCUUAAUACAGUCCAUUUUGUACGCUUGUGCGCAAGUUGACUUCAAAUAUUCGAGUUCAAUUUUUGAGCAGCUUUGAGCAAGGAUUUAAUUGGGUCAAAAUUGUGUUAUUUGUAUGAAAUUUGUAUAAUUCAAAGAACUGCAACCUGUUUUGAAACCAGUGCUUGAAUUUUAACUCUGGUUUUGGUUAUUUGUAUUUUGCUUGUCAGUUGAAUGUUGCAGUUUACACAGGCCUCCAUUCCCAUGGUCUGUUGUUAACUGAUAUAUCAUUAACACACCGUACCUUUUAAUCAACUCUACUUCCUUCUUUCAACCCAGUAUUUGAGGAAAAAUAAUAAGUGAUAGAGCUCCUAACAUUGUGGAAAUGUCAGCAGUGAAAUCUAGGAUCAAAAUUGAGACAUCAUAAAACCAUUUAAACACAUGAGUUAUAGUUACUAGGAGUGAAAUACAUAAAAUAGGCUCAAUUUCUGAAUCAAGGGGAAUGUAUUUUGUUUGUGGUGAGUUAGUUUUUUUUCUAAUAUAGUUAAUUGCAUAUAUGUGUACUGCUCCAACAGUGAGAUUGUUCAUAGCUUUGGGAACAUAAAUUAGGUUAGUUUUUUUUCAUAACCCAGCAUUUCACAGCUCUGAACCUGGUAAAGAACUAUUCUGAAUCAGUGGGUGACGUUAUCACAAAGUGAGCUGAAACAUGCCAGAAUGUUAACCUUUUUCAGAUUUCAAGGUUUCAAACUGCAAGGUUUUCUCUCAAAGCAUGCUGGAGCGUGAAAUAAUGUCAUGACAGUCAGCUGUACAUACUGUGGUAUUCACAAACUGGUUUGCAGUGAUGGAAUUUUAUGGAAGCAUCCCAAAUGGGUAUAUCUAAAGGUCCUGGAUAUGUCACAAUAGACUUCAUCCCUCGAAAAUAUCCAGUUGUUAAAGGUUCUUUGUUUUGAUGCUCUGACCCAAGUGGAGUAAUGCCUUAAGAGGUUGAACCUCUGAUGCAUUACAAUUUAAUCAUGGGCUGCAGAUAUAAUAUCCUAUAAAAGAUGGGCUUGGAUAAGAAGCUAACUAUACCCCAAGUACAAGGUAAUUCGUCAUAUUGAACUAUGUAGCCACUGCACUUUUCAAUCUCAUAUCUUGCACAUUGUCAGUUGGAUAAGUUUGUGCCUAUAAUAACAGGAGCUGAUAGUUUAGAAUAGAACAACCUGUGUUAAGUACUGUUGGUGCUUUUAUCUUCUGUCCAGUAUCUUGUGUAUGAAUGAUUAUAUACUGUACAAAUUGUAAAUUAAUCUCUAAAUUGCAUAUAACUUCAUAUGAAAUCCCUUAGGUGUCCUGUGGUAUGUUGUAUAAAAUGCCAAUUUGUAAAGUUUUGUCAGCAGAAGUGAAUGGGUGUGAAUGGUUAAAUGGCAAAAUGUAGCAUAUUUUGACCACGUUACACUUGCUAAGACAUACAUCCAUAUGUUUUUAAAAAUCCUGGAAUGUCUCUAAUUAAAAUAACCAUAAAUUGCAAUACGUAUUCCACUAACAAGUGUUUCUAACCAAUUACAGUACAAAUACAAAAGGGGAAAGGUGAUUAUUUUCCUGAACAUUUACAGUUACCAUUGUUGAAUACUGUUGAAAAGUGAUAGAUAUUGCUGAAGCUUUUUGUCUGACAUUUCAUUAGGUCAAAAUUUCAAGUAUGUCUAAUAAUUUAUAAAUCAGGAAACAAAAGGUGCUCAUUGGCUGGUAAGAUUGAGUCAGAUUGAUUUGAGAUAGUCAUAGACAAAGUAAUGACCAACUAUUGACUUGCCCAAAACUGCAGAAAUUCAAAAAAGGCGCAUGCCUGGAAAAUAUUCUUAUUGUUUUCAGAGAACGAGCCUGUGUAUAUGAAUAUAUUGAUUUCAGCAAAUGUUGUAGGUCAUUUUAACAUUAGCUUGACUGACUUGCUGGUCCAGCUAGUAGUACGCUUGGGAUGUUUCUGCAACAAGUUUUGGUUCUUGGAGUUUGGACUGGUUGAUUACAAACUGUACUCUGCCUUAUAUGAACAACUAAAGAAACAUCUUUAUUAUGCAAUCAGCCAUUUACUGGGAUGUACAGUCAUGUACAUGGUAUUGCAUCAGCACUGAAGUUCAUACAUGACCGGGGUCAAUCGUGGUAGGCAGAACAUUAUUUUGGACUAAAACAGCCAUCCUAUUGGUGAAAAAUGCCUCACCCAUAGCCACUGUUAAGGUGAUGCCAGAUAUGCUUGUUGGAAACAACAUACAUUCAAAACAUGACCUGUUUCUCUCAAACAAAAUAUGUCAAGCCUUGAAUCUUUUUUGCAUUACCAGGGAGCUUAGGGGAAACCUAUAAUUCCUUGUAACUUUCUUGAUGAUAACAUCUUGUGUAAUCUGAGUCUACUUGUGAACCAAUCAACACCAUUUUCAACUUCAGUAUAAACUGUUAUUGUUUGAAAUUUGGCAUUCUUGUUUGUC